GAAGCUUGCAGGAUACACUCUAAAGGAUGAAAACUUCGAAAUUUUUAAAUGUUUUUGGAAGAUGAAAUGCAAAAAAUGCAAUUUUUCAAAAUUUGUAAGGAACCGUUAAAGCUGUAUACCAGUAUCGCUCUACCUCGUAAUUCAGUGAUUUCUCUGGAAGUAGGCGAGGAGGCAGAGGCGUCUGUGUCUGUUUUAACCUAUUCCUACAAGAAUAAAAUUGUACGAGCUAAGAGAAUUCGUUACGAGAUCAAAUACUAG